AGGAGCACCUUUUUUUCUGGUAAGUCUACAUCAAACAUGAGGAGUGUGUUGAAAGAUCAAUUGCACAGGGUAAAGGAAAAGUAUGUUCCUGUUUGAAGGCAGUGAUGGAAAGAUAAAAAAAACUUUGGAUUCCAGAGAGAUGAUGAAUUUAGUCAAGAAGGAAAAGGAGAAGUAUGUAAAGCUUCAAAAGUUAGGAUCAAACGGAGCACAUGAGGAGUAUAUAGAAGUUAGAAAUGAACUAAAGAAGGAAAUUAGGAAAGGCAAGAGGGGCCAUGAAAAGUCCUUGACAAGUAGGAAUAAGAUGAAUCCCAAGGCAUUCUAUACAUACACCGAGUAUAUGGAUAACUAGGGAGCAAGUAGGACCACUCAAGGAUAAAGGGGGGAACACUUGCUUGGAUGUGGAGAAUCUGAAUGAGGUACUUAAUGGGUACUUUGCUUCAGUGUUUACCAAAGAAAAGGACAUAGAAGAGCAGGAGAUAAGUGUGUAAAUAUGUUAGGGUGUUUAGAGAUCAAGAACCAGGAGUUGUUGGGUCGACAGUUUAUUUCCCUUCAUAGAGUCUACCUAACCUGCUACAGAGUUCUUCCUGCAUUGUGUGUGUUGAUCCAGAUUCCCAGCAUCUUCCGUUUCUCAAGCAACACACACAAAACACUGGAGGAACUCAUCAGGCCAGGCAGCAUCACUGGAAAAGAGUACAGUCGGGCCAAGACCUGUGGGAGGUGGCAUGGGAGUUACCCAACAGGCGCGACCCGAUUUGUGUUGGUGAAAUCGAUGUGUUGUGAAGGAGAGGGGUUGAUUCAUUUAUUGUGUGCGUUGAUAUGAGGGAACAACAUUUCGCCGUGGAUUACUGCUACUGGUAGACCCUUAGAUUCUCCAUAUAAUUCUAAAGGAAAAACAGGACAUUGGGGCUUACUGUUCUAACGUAAACACACCGGAGGAGUCCUUGGAGAUUCGGCAUGACAUAUAAUACUUUGACAGAUGUCUACGGAUGUGUAAUGGAGAGUAUAUUGACUGGCUGCAUCACAGUCUGAUGUGGGAACACCAAUGCCCUUGAACGGAAAAUCCCACAAAAGGUUUGGGAAAUACAAAAAAUCUGAAGAAUCAAAAUAUCUGAAGAGGAUGAUCUCAGGAUCACUUCACCUUGUGCAAAAGAGCUGAACAAAAUAUGUUUCAGGAUGAAUUACAUAAGACAGUUGUUGCUGGAGUGAUGAAGCAGUCCUCAAUUGAUGAAAAUGCCUGCAGUGAUUUUGAUUUUGAAAAGGAAUUGAAGAAUUCUAUUGGAGAUGAAUCUCCCAAACCAAAACCACGUUACAAUUUUCUAAAAAGGGAAAGUAACCAUGCAUGGAGUAAUGAAUUGGAGAAGCAGGAUGACAACCUUUUUAAUACCCGUUGUUCAACUUCAGAUUCAAAGCUUUCCAGAACAGUCAAUGUAUACAAAAUGGACUCCGGCACCUUUUGUCCUGAGGAAAAAGCCCAAACAGGGAUGAAGUUGAUGGGAAUCAAGAGUCAAAAUCCGGAAACAAAUGGAAAAUCAAAAAGUAGAAGGUCUCUGAAUUCACCAGUGGAGAGUCUGGAAUGUUCUUCGAUUGGAAAAAGCCCACAAUCAAAAACAACUAAACCUCAGUAUUUGGGAACAUUAAAAAUCUUGGACAGGAAGGCAAAUGAAACUUAUAACCUUGAAGCUACAGAUACAAUCAGAGCAUCUAUUUAUCAGGAGUGGCUGGAAAGGAAAAGACAAAUUCUUUCUGAAAAUAAAAGACAUCGAAAGCUGAAAGUACAACAGGAAAAUGAGAAGAGAGAGCAGAAGAAUAUUGCAAACAAAAAGGAAGCAAAGGCAUCAUUUGAGGCCUGGAAGACAAGAAAGAAGAAUGCAUUUAAAGAAACCUAUCAGAAGAAGAAAGAAGAGGAGAAAAUAAAGCAACAAGCAGAGGCAGAGAAAGAAGAGAGGAAGGAAGAAGCAAAAAAGGUAUUUGAAAAAUGGAAAGAAGGCAAAGAGAGAUAUUUGCAAGAAAACUUACAAAAGCAAAAACAGGUUAAAAAAGAGAAGAAGGAAAAGGAAAAGGAGCAAAUCAAUGAACGAAAGGAAGGAAAUGCUUCCGCAUUUAUGAAGUGGAAUGAAGAGAAAGAAAUGAUAAUGAAGCAAAGGAUGAUAGAAAUUACAAAGGUUCAGCAGAAAAAGAAAAGGGAAGAAGAAUAUACAAAAUGUGAGAGAGAAGAGAUGGCAGCGCUUGUGUAUAAGAAGUGGCUGGCAGAGAAAGAAAAGAAUGAAAAGAAGCAAAAGCAAGUGAAGAGUGUCUUGUGCAGGGACCCACUACCUCCAUGGAGCCCACCGAAUAAAACAAUACCAUUUGGAAAAUGAGCACUUUAAGACAAUGUUAAACUUA